AUUGUCCUUUACUUUUCUCAUAUAGAUCGAAAGGAAGCUUGUCCUGCUCAGUGUUCUAAAAGAGCCCGUGAGUCGCUCUAUAUUUGAUUAUGCUCUGAGGUCUAAGGACAUCACUAGCUUGUUCAGACAUCUUCACAUGCGUCAGAAGAAGCGACAUGGCUCUCUUCUCGACUGCCCUCCACCUGAGGACCCCGCCAUAGCACAGCUUCUGAAGAAACUGCUUUCACAGGGAAUGACCGAAGAAGAGGAAGAUAAACUUCUGGCACUGAAGGACUUCAUGAUGAAAUCCAACAGAGCGAAAGCUAAUGCAGUGGACCAGAGCCAUCUCCAUGACAGCAGCCAGAAAGGUGUAAUCGACUUGGCAGCCUUAGGCAUCACUGGGAGACAGGUCGAUCUUGUGAAAACCAAACAAGAACCAGAUGAGAAACGGGCUAGAAAACAUGUAAAACAAGACUCCAAUGUAAAUGAAGAAUGGAAAAGCAUGUUUGGGUCACUGGAACCACCGAAUAUACCACAGGCCCUGCCUAAAACCAGUGACCACGAGGUGGUUCAGACUGGGAAGCCACCUCGCUCUGAGUCCUCUGCUGCUAUUUGUGUCCCUUUGUCAACUUCUCCACAGGUUUCAGAAGUAGCACACAUCCCCAGUAAGAAGCCGGUGAUUCAGGUUUUAAGUAGCACAGUCCUGCCGUCCACUUACCAGAUCCGGAUCACAACUUGCAAGACGGAACUUCAGCAGCUCAUACAGCAGAAGCGUGAGCAGUGCAAUGCAGAGCGCAUAGCCAAGCAGAUGAUGGAGAACGCUGAGUGGGAGAGCAAGCCACCGCCACCUGGGUGGCGUCCUAAAGGGCUACUAGUUGCACAUCUUCACGAGCACAAAUCUGCUGUAAAUCGAAUUAGAGUCUCUGAUGAGCACCUACUUUUUGCAACAUGUUCAAAUGACGGCACAGUGAAAAUCUGGAACAGUCAGAAGAUGGAGGGGAAGACCACCACGACAAGGUGACACAUCACUUGAUGUG